AUGAAUUCUUUCAAGAAAUUGUUCCAAAAGUCCUACGACGACGACACGCCGUCGCUCAAGCAUUCUAAAUCGAUGACAUUUGGACUCUCUUCACAAGGGAGCACGCGUGACCCUCGCGCCGAUCCUUUGAAACCCGCGUAUCGUGGCAAGACCCUUAAAACUUCGGACAUUGUCUACAUUGGGCAAGCUCCGAGGAUAUUGGACAUCCAUCGCGCGCAAUGGUACCCAGAUCUCCGAGACCUUGCGCCACCUCGCGACCACUUUGACUCGUGCGCGGACUUGUUGGAUCAGUUUCCCAAUCCCCCACCACCACCUCCGAGGCCCCCCCGCAGCGCCUUGAGAACGACUUCGUUAAACUCAAAGAACAGCAGGCCCCAACUGCCCCCGCAGAACUGCCGCUAUCAGCAUGUCGCAGGCAAACAGCGAACGAUUCAGCAAUCACCUUCAGUCACGUGCUUUUCGCGGCCCACAGCCACGGCCUACCCUUCCCUUGCCCGCAAACAGCGGCAUGAGGCCACCGAUGACCAAGCUGUCGCGAAUGUGGUGGAAACAGCUGAUGGCCAGGCCCCAGUAGUCGAGAGCAGUAGACAGGCGGACUGUAUACCCGCCAAGUCGAGCGCUGGUCGCUCGUACGCCCUUGCCCCUGCUCUCCCCUGUUCCGCCGUUCUUACCACCCACUCGCCGUAUCCACCGAUCUCGCGUUCUGCGCACAACUCACGUACAAACCUGCGGCGGGUUCCAUCUCACCUCGCCAUUCCACGUAUUGCUGCUCCAGACCAGGGACAGUCUUACUGGCCUCACAAUAAUUACCAUGAAUUUUUGGACGAGCAGGACCUGAAUGUCAUCAGUACAAUGAUCAAUCGUUAUCCGGUAGCUCCUUGCUAUGAGCCUUCACAAGAGCAGCUGCGGCCUAUCCGUUUUGACAUGGAGGACCCAAGCCACUUCAGGAAGACGCUUAGUUACUUCAUUCAUAUGGCGGUAGCACAGGGUCGUCCCCUGGAUGCACGGGCAGAUGGCCCUUACCACCGCAUCAUUGACGCGGGUGAUCCGACUGGCAUCGUGCCGGAGAUUGGGGCAGAUUGGUCUCGGCGGGUGGAAUAUUGCUGA